AUGGAUUUUUGUAGCUCCAUAAAUGAUUUACCCGCGUCCAUCAUCUCCGACAUUCUCUCCAGACUUCCCACGAAAACAAUCAUCGGUUGCAAAUCCAUUUGCAAAUCCUGGCGCAACCUACUCCUCGAACCGUAUUUCGCUAACUUACACCUCUCAAGAUCACCCACCUCCCUUAUCAUUCACCAAAAGGGUUCCUACAUUCCUGAGUCCGACUCCGACAUUGUCAACUUACUCGAAUUUCAGGAUGAAUCCGACGGCCAGAAUCUUCGCUACGAUCCAGUCAUGAAAUUCGAUCUCAGAAUCUGCUACCCAGAUGGCCAAAUCCUCUUGGUUGGAUCCGUCAACGGGUUGUUGUGUUUCUGUGAUUACACAAACGAGUGCCUUUUCAUAUGCAACCCAACGGUCAGACAAUAUGUCACAGUUCCAGAGCCUAAGCACAAAACAAGGUAUCCCUCAAUGAUCGUUUAUGGGUUUGGAUUUAGCUCCAUUUCUGGCCAAUACAAGCUGGUACAGAUUUACCAAAAGGCGCUUUCUGAUCCGGCUCUAGGGAAUUGUUCUUACGAGAAUCUAGGGGAGGUGUACACGCUCGGAACUGGCAAAUGGAGAAGCAUUGGAACUGUCCCGUUUGGAUAUGAUUUGCGCUUGUACAGUGUGACAUUGAAUGGAAACAUCCACUGGCUAAUUUGUGAUAUGGAGUGUCCUUAUUCGAUAUGUGCUUUCGACAUUGAGAAUGAAUCAUUUCGAGGAUUCUCUUAUGUCCCUGGUCUUAGCAGGGGAACCCUUUAUAAAAGCUUGGGAUUAUUAGAAGGUCGUUUGUGUGUGUGUGAUAAUAGCUCAAAUUCUGAUCUUGUCAUCAGGGUAAUGAAGGAGUAUGGAGUGUCAGAGUCGUGGACGAAAGAGAUUGUCAUCAGGUUAGAAUCUGAUCUAACAUGCUUGUUAUAUGCACAGGUUACCCCAAUAAAGGUUUGGAGAAAUGGGGAUAUAUUGAUGUUAUGGCGCGACGACUUUUUGUGCUCGUACAAUCCAGAAAGGAAUUCCCUGGAACAAGUAGUUGUUCCGCGGGAGAGUGCCCAUAUUGUUGACCGUUUCAUCAUUUAUGAGAUGAUGCUUCAUGUCGCAAGCUUUUGCUCGCUCAAGGAUUUCGCAAUGGAAAAGGUCGAUAUGUUCUAA